UGCAUCUACAUUAUUAUUAUUAUUAUUACUGUUGCAUCUUUUUAAUAUAUUCGAAUUCUCAAAAAUGUUUCAUUAUUUUUCUUUUAUUUAUAUCACUUAUUAAGGAAGUUGCAAAAUCCUAGCGUGUUUCUGGCCAUGGACGUUGAUACUUUUUCCCUUUUUUGAGUAGAAGAAAAGUACAGACAAUCUUGAAAUAACACUUUGUCAGAAGAAGUGACUUUCAAUAUUCCAUUAUUUCAUUCAUGGCUCAAGAGGAAGAAGGGUGGCCUUUGGGAUUGAGAUUCUUGAACUCAGGAAUGCGGUUGGCGAGAAAUAAUGAAGAUUACUCUGGAUCACUUUCAUUCACUACUAUGCUUACUGAUUCUCCCGCUCAUUCAAAAGAUUCUGCCUCAGAUCUUGACACUCAGUCCACCGUAUCAUUGUUCCAUGACAGAAGCAUCACACUUGGUAGCCUCAUUGGUAUCUCAAGCUUUCUUGAACUCUCAAGGAGACCAACAAGGGGAAGAAUGGUGGUGGAACCCUCAAGGGAAGAAAACAAAAGGAAUCAUCACAACAAGCUUAAGCCAUGGCUCUUGUCACUUUGUUCAAGGCUAAGUACCGAUGCAGUUGUGAGUGGGAAUGAUGUUAUUGUUCCUUCUCUUGGUCACUACCUUGAAGCCGAGAGACGAGCCAGAGAUACAAGGAACCAAAUUAGUACUACCAUUACUCAUGGUGAUUAUCAAGAUUCAAGGACAUUGUUUGGGGGGAGCUAAGUUCGAUGUGAAGGAUAUGGAACACCAAUAGUUUUUCCUCGUUUGUGUGGAUAACUAAUUAAAUUAACAGAUAAACCUUUAACUCAUUUCAGUAUCUUUCAUUAAUAAACCGUAUGUUUGUACUUAUUGUACCAA